CAAAAGAAAAAAUCUCAUCGGCAUUCUCGCUUAUGUAUAUGUCCAAAUUGCGCCGUCGCGCGCAGCUACCCCUAUCACGAUGUAACGCACCCUCUCGCUCUGUAACAGGUGUGGAACCUUUCUGCAGAUCAUUGUAUGGAUGUUGUAUUAAUGAUGUUCUCACACGCAGAAGGUACAACACUACUUGGCACACACAAGCUUGAACAAUUUAUUGUGACUACUGAACUUUGUCGUUUUACUUCGAUGAUGUUUAAUCGUCCACCGCUAUACCGUCCUGCUCUAGACUGCACAGUCGCAAAUGAUUUUGUUUCUACAGAAUUUGAACGCUAUAUUGAUUUGGUUGAAGAUAAUGCUUAUGAAUUGUCAAGUGCUCCUAAUAGCGAGGUACUUGUAAUCAUUGCAAACAACGAAUGCCGCAAAUUUAUUUUUGCUUCUCCACGUUUACGCCCGUAUAUCAUGUCCAAGGAAUGCAUCUCUGUCAUCGAAAGAUGCUUGGGCAAAGGCACUUUCUCUGCUGGUCAAGAAUCUGAUAUGGAUAAAUAGCAAUUAAUAUCUUUUGCAUCACUACAAUUCUCAGUGCUGCUAAACGUCUCCUCGUGACAUAUGAUAGUCUUCAUGGAAAAUCAGUCUAAAAGUACCUAUCUUGAUGCUUGUCUGUGCUAUCUUUAUAAUAAUAAUACUACUAAUAAUAAUAAUAAUUAUAUUAAUAAUUUAAAUAAUAAUAAUAAUUAUAAAAAUAAUAGUAAUUUUAGUAUUAAAACAAUAUUUAAUGUUUUCCAUAAGCAUCGCUUAUAGUAUUGGGUCCUUUUUAGUAGAAGUAGAGUCACAAGUUACCUGUUUUC